AUGGUCGAUUUGGCUCAGCCAUCGGAUCCAACGAUUACGGAAGAUGAGAAGCUUCAGCAGACUAAAUGGUUUUUGACCUCGAUUUCGCCAAAUACCGAAAAAUGGUUUGAUUUCGAAAUGGGUCUCGGGGUUUUAGUCACUAGUUAUCAGUUACCAAUGAUAAAAGUUGAUCAACUGGCAAGGGAUUGGAUAUGUGAAGCCGUGGUGAAGGGAGCUGUUGCAGCUUCCGUGAUCGGGGUCAACGUUGCGUAUGCCCCAAGUCCGUGCUAUGUCAAUGGAUACAGAUGCACGUGUGCUAACAACCAAAUUCUGGGCUGCUACGGC